AUGGAGGUUGAAAUCUGCUCUAGUUCGGAGCUCGAACACAUUGCGGUAGCCGGCGGCACGCAGGGAUCACAGGAUCGUGCUGCUGUAGGAGCUUGGCGAGAUAGAUUCCGGAUGGUUCGCUUGUUUGGAUGCCGAUCUUCCUUGUCUUUUAUUGUAUGGAGCUUGGUGGGAGUUGCCCUCGUUGUCUGCUUCUUUUCCAUUGUCCGUCAAGCAGACACUAGGCAGAACCAUAUUUAUUUCAGACACCUAUCUGCUACCAGAGAGUUAGAAGAGAUUGAGGAGGAGCAUUUCCGCAUGCCACCUCCUCACAAGGUUAAUCCUCGUGCAGUGAAACGGCGGGGGCCUCGCAAGGCUCCAAAGGUUAUUGACCAAUAUCUAGAUGAGUCAUCAGCAAUACAUGCCUUGUUCUUCCCUGAUGAAAGAACUGCGGUGAACCCUACAAAAGGUGGAAAUGACAGUAUGUAUUUCUAUCCCGGUAGGGUAUGGCUGGAUACUGAUGGACAUGCCAUUCAAGCCCAUGGGGGUGGUAUUCUGUAUGAUCACAUCACAGCCAAAUACUAUUGGUAUGGAGAAAACAAAGACGGGCCAACCUACCAAGCUCACCCCAAGGCGACUCAUCGGGUUGACAUUAUUGGGGUAAGCUGCUACUCAUCAAAGGACCUAUGGACAUGGACUAAUGAAGGAGUUGUGCUUCCUGGAGAACCUAAUAACGCCAAUCAUGACCUUCAUAAAUCCAAGGUGCUUGAGAGACCUAAGGUGAUAUAUAAUGAUCGUAGUAGACAAUAUGUUAUGUGGAUGCAUAUUGACGAUGCGAACUACACCAAAGCAUCUGUUGGUGUUGCUGUCAGCAACUCUCCCACCGGGCCUUUCUCCUACCUCUACAGCUUUCGUCCACAUGGAUUUGAAAGUAGAGACAUGACAAUCUUCAAAGAUGAUGAUGGAUCGGCUUACCUUUUCUACUCUUCUCGCGACAAUACUGAGCUUCAUGUCAGUCCAUUGACAAAGGAUUAUCUUAAUAUCACAGUAGCAAUGAGGAGAAUAUUACUAAGACGGCACAGGGAAGCUCCAGCUGUCUUCAAGCUUCAAGGAACUUACUACAUGAUAACCUCUGGCUGCUCAGGUUGGGCUCCUAACAGAGCAUUAGCACAUGCUGCAGAAUCAAUCAUGGGCCCAUGGGAGACAUUGGGCAACCCAUGUGUUGGAGGUAACAGGUUUUUCCGGUUGACAACAUUCUUAUCUCAAAGCACAUUUGUGCUUCCCCUCCCUGGCUUGCCUGGUACCUUCAUCUUCAUGGCAGACAGAUGGAAUCCAUCAGACUUGAGGGAUUCUCGGUAUGUUUGGUUACCUUUGUUCAUUGGAGGAUUGGCUGAUGAACCAUUGGACUACAGUUUUGGAUUCCCAUCGUGGUCGAGGGUGUCCAUUUAUUGGCACAGGAAAUGGCGCCUACCUGAAAGUUGGAAGAGGUAUACCUGAAAUUUAACCUAGGCCCAUGAGGCCAUGAAGUACAUACAAAAACUCCGGCUGAUGGAUGCAAACAUGGAACAGAUAUAGUUUGAAGAGUCUGGUGAUUGUUCCAAAUAUUUCUUGAGGUGUUUAAUCAGUGUUUUCGCCCGACCUUUUGUAGCGUAAAAUAGGUUGCCAAAAAAAGGUAUUACAAUGUAGCUCUCCAAACAUAUGUUUGACUUGUGUAACAUCCUUCAAAAAGAAA